GACCAGUUCAGUGCUUUUCCAAUCAUAGAGUAAUAAGCAGUGGUUGUGCACAAAAGAGUAAAUGGACAAAACUUGCAUACAUGUGUGGAUUGUGGCAUGACAAUUUAUCUUUGAUCUCAUGUAUGCAAAACUUUACACAGGAAAUCCUCUUUUAACAAAUAGGUCAUGUAUAUUUUCACUGCCCAGAAGCCAGAUCACCCACAGAGGUUUGAUUUUCAACAAACUCCUUUCCAGAAGACAGAAUGAAUCAAACCUCCUGUGCUAAUUUCACCCUACCAAUAGACUAUGAACACAGAUUCCUGCCUUCAGUUUACAUCAUAGUGUUCAUCAUUGGUCUGGUAGCUAAUGGAUGGGGAUUCAAAACCUUGCCACAGAAAUGGAAGAAGCUGGGGAACAUCAGUGUGUUUGUUCUCAACCUUGGACUGGCAGAUAUUUUAUAUCUGCCUGUACUCCCAUUUUUGGUAGUGUACUACUUUAAGAGGAAUACAUGGAUCUUUGGAGAUACAUUCUGCAAGAUAACAAGAUUCUUCUUCAAUCUGAAUUUAUAUGGCAGCAUUGGAUUCCUUACUUGUAUAAGUGUGUACAGAUACCUGGCUAUUGUUCAUCCAAUGAGAGUGUUGGGAAGAAUAACUGUCACCCAUUCUGUGGCUGUCUCAGUCAUGGUUUGGCUGUUGGUGGGAGUUCAGAGUCUUCCAGACAUGUUCUACACCAAGACAAUUGGAAACACCACUGGGAAAUGUUUCUAUACCACCUCCAAUGCCUAUGUUGAGGAUUAUCUGAAAUACAGCCUUGGAUGGACAUUCACUGGGUUUUGUAUCCCAUUCCUCAUCACACUGGGUUGCUAUGGACAUGUGAUCGCUGUUCUCUGUCGCAAAAAUACCACUGAUAAGGUACUGAAACAGAAAUGUUUGAAGUUGUUAUUUAUUUUGAUCCUUCUCUUCUCUGUUUGUUACAUCCCCUAUCAUGUUCUCAAGAAUCUUAACCUCUGGUCAAGAGUUCUGUCCAAACAGAAGAUAUGCUAUGGAUGGCGUGACAGAGUCUACAUUGCUCAUCAGAUAAGUCGUGGCCUUGUGUGUCUGAACAGUGCUCUCAACCCUCUGGUUUACUUUCAUGGAAAUGAAGAAAUUCCUGCUCAGCUCAGACAGCUGCUCCAGCGAGCUCGUCAGAUGCUCAACCGUAUGUUUCUGUCAAACUCUGGCUCUGUGACUGUGGCACAAACUGCAGAUGAAGUUACAUAACAAGAGUUAAGAGUUCUAUAUUAUUGGUUUAAUAACAAAUAGCUUGAAGUGUUGCUCAGCUAGUGGUGUAUAAUGUAAUUGUGAAUCUUUCUCUGGAGUGUUGCAUACUAAUACAUUUGCUGUAAUAUGGUUGUCAUGAUGCUGUUGCCACAUGCUGUCAAAUCUUCCAAAUAAACAGGAAAUUCAGAUAAA